AUGCGCUGGAAACAGACUCCUACUUCAGUACCACCAACAAAUCCAGAGUCGGAAGGGAAGGGCGCAGAUGGGAAAGAGCGUGCUUCAACCAAAAAACCCAAGGGAGCUGUAGGAAGUACAGUUAAGGCUGGGGAGAGUGGAAAAGCAACUUCUGGUUCUAGAAAUGAUGGAGCUUCACAAAGUGCUGAAAGUGGCAGCGAGGGUUCAUCAGAUGGAAGCGAGGAGAAUGGUAACCACCAGGAGUAUGGUGCAAACAAGAAGGGAAGCUUUGACAAGAUGCUUGCAGAUGGAGCAAAUGCACAAAAUAACACAGCUUUAGUGCCUAGGAAGCCUGUAGUUUCUGUGCCUGCAACUAGUCUGAAUAUGGGAAUGGACUUGUGGAAUACAUCCCCCGCUGGUGCUGGAACUGCAAAAAUGAGAGGAAAUCAAUCUGGAGCCCCAUCAGCUGUCGGUGGUGACCAUCGGAUUAAUCAGUUCUAG